AGAGGGUAACACCUCGUGUUUGAGAGUUUUCGCUUCCCCUUUUUCCCAGUUGAUACCUUUCUUUCUGUUAUACUUAAAUCUACAUUCAAAUGUCCAAUCCGAUUGCAGAUACAGCCGACUAUUUUGCUCGCUCAAACCAUUAUAAUGCUAAACCAGAUCAGCAGCAUAAUAAAAAUGUACCCGUAUACAAUGCCGCAUCUUAUGAUAACAAUAUUGCGUCGGAACCCUAUAAUCAGAAUAAUACUAUAAACAACAUAACUGGAUCAGAAGAGGCUCAUCCUCAAUGGUUCAAAGUUUUCAAUCGACUUUCAUUUCUAAAACCACUUGAUAUGAGUCCUUUUACCUCAGAACGCCAUGAACAGCAAGAAUUCUCAGACGAUGAAGAGUCGGUGCUAAUAAACGAUACAUUUGAAUUAAUUCGAAAUGUUGUUGCUAAAGAUGAUCCUAGCAACAGACAACGCCAAUCAACCCCGUCUCCUCGCCGGCAAAAUUCAAACGUGCUGUUUACACCGAGGAGCAGCUUCCGUUUUCAUCAAAGAGAAGGACGCAAUCCAACCGACGAUCCAAUAAAAGACGAAGAGGAAGAGGAAAAAUUGCCCUCCAUUUACGAUAUAGAGCAUGCUCAUAGUCAUACAGUUUUUGACGAUACCCAACCUAAUCAUAACGUUGCAACACAGUAUUACGGCCGUAGUACUAAUUUCUUUACCCAGCCCUUUCAAAAAGACCAACAGAUUCAUCCAGCAACAGUCCGUUAUCGUACUACUGAUGCUAAUACCAUUGCUAUAUCUGAUACGCUUAAGCCUCCCCAGCCCAUUCAGUCGCCAUCUGUACAUUCGACAAGGAGACACCAUUACGAUAUUACUGCAACUUUGUCCCCAUCUUCAAUACAACAAGUACCUUUAACAGGUGAUAUUCACGAAUUUGAAGAUGCUCGAACAAUUAAAGACAAAUGGGAGAAAACUUUGGAAAGAAUAAAAUUCAUCACUAACAAUUUACAGUCAUCGAGUCCUGCCGUACCAGGUAUAGAUGCAGCAGUUUUUCCUGCUCAAUAUGAUUUAUUACCUACAUUAGCACCUUAUUAUCAACCAAUAUUUGACCCUUUAUAUAUGGCGUUCACAAAAGAUGAAUAUGGGAAGAAACCGCCGCCAAUUUUAUUACAAUGCAUUUAUGUCACCGUAACGGAUUCGGAAUACCUCAUUAGUAGUAGUCAGUGGGUCUUCCGUGUAGAGUUACAGUAUGGCGAUGUCCAAUGGGUUAUCCGACGCAGCAUUGCUGACUUUGUGUCUUUGCACAUCAAACUCAAAGUUAAAUCCAACUUGUACGACUAUGUACCUGAUCCACCAGCCUUUCCAGACCAAUUGGCUAAUUUUUUGGACACAGCCAAAAAUACAAUAGGAAGCAUUUAUAGAAGCUUUGACGAAGAGCCAGUAGCAGGACCAACAUUUCAACAAAGAUUAUCCAUGUAUAAUACUCAUCGUCAAGGCCAAAAUGGAGACCAACAAUAUUUCACCAAUAGUAAUAAUGGUAGAGAAAAAGCAGCAGCAGUAAAUCGAAGAAAAGCACUUACCAAAUAUUUGCGCGCUCUGUUAUUUCGGGCACAUGUAACAGCAAGCUAUGAUAUUUGUGAGUUUUUAGAACUUUCGGCUUUAAGUAUUGUUAAAGAUAUGGGAUGGAAAGGCAAAGAGGGUUAUAUGAGUAGCAGAAUUAAUUAUGUCUCGCCCAGAUGCUGCCAGCUUUGGAGAACACAACGAUGGAAGACGGAAUGGAUAAUUCUGAGAGAUUCCUAUUUAGCAUUUUGUGCAGAUACUGCGUCACCUUCGCUGACUGAUGUUCUACUAUUCGAUAAAGGUUUUAGAAUUGAUAUUCAAGAACCACGUGUCUAUCUUGGCAGCUACCACGUUACUAUCGGCAAUACAUCACGCAAAAUCGAGAUUAAAAUUACAAAGCGUGAGGUUGAAGAAUGGUUAGACAGUCUUGAAAAGGUACAGGCAGAAAGCCCUUGGACACAUAAUCAUCGCUUUGGCUCAUUUGCACCUGUUCGUUUGAACGCGAAAGUGAAAUGGUUUGUUGAUGCAGAAAAUCAUUUUAAUGCAGUAGCAGAAGCGAUAUUGUCGGCUAAAGAAGAAAUAUAUAUAGCAGAUUGGUGGCUUACUCCUGAACUUUAUCUCAGACGUCCACCUGAAAAAAACGAAGAAUUUAGAUUAGAUAGACUCUUGAAGCGUAAAGCUUCUGAAGGUGUUAAGAUUUACAUCAUUGUUUAUAAGGAGAUGUCUCUUGCUUUAACUAUCAAUUCAGUGCAUACUAAACAAUGGUUACAGAGCCUUCAUCCUAACAUUCAAGUUCAACGUCAUCCGGAUCAUAGAUUACCUAAGGAUAAUUCGGUCCUAUUUUGGUCACAUCACGAGAAAAUCGUAGUUAUAGAUAAUAGGUUAGCCUUCAUCGGAGGACUCGACUUGUGUUUCGGUCGGUAUGAUACACACAACCACUCAUUGUCAGAUUAUCCCGCUGAAGGUCAUGAAUUGGAGCACUUUCCUGGUCAAGACUACUCUAAUCCUCGUGUAAAAGAUUUUGUGGAUGUUGCUCAGUUCAAUAAAACCUUAAUAGACAGAAGCAGUGUUCCAAGAAUGCCUUGGCAUGAUGUCACUUUAGGCGCCGUGGGCCCUAUUGCAAGAGACAUUGCACGACAUUUUAUUCAACGAUGGAAUUUUUUGAAGUCAACAAAAAGUAUGCACAGACGUAAUCUGCCCUUUUUAAGGCCAAAGGGAGAAUAUAUUGCAGCUCGCGAUGAAAACAACUUCAGUGGCACAUGUAGGGUGCAACUAUUGAGGAGUUCUUCAAGAUGGAGCUCAGACGUGGAGCGCGAGCAUUCAAUAUAUAACGCGUAUAUGGAAUGCAUAACACAUUCUAAACAUUACGUUUAUAUUGAAAAUCAAUUUUUCAUUAGUACCACCCAAGAUGACAAGCUAUUGAGAAACAAAAUUGCCCAGGCUAUUGUUGAAAGGAUCAAAAAGGCAGAUGAAAAGAAAGAGACAUUCCGAGUUUUUGUAAUAUUACCACUUGUACCAGCAUUUGAAGGGGACCUAUCAUCCAAUGAUGCUUCAUCGGCUAGAACAGUGAUGCAUUUUCAGUAUGCAACCAUAUGCCGUGGUGAGAACUCAAUUGUCGAGAAACUGGCAAAACAAGGAAUUGAUGCUGAUAAAUACAUUUCAUGGUUCAGUUUGAGGAAGCAUGGCAAAAUCAAAACACCAAAAUGUGACAGCAAUAGCGAUAACAAGCGCAACAAAUCAAAUUCUGCGGCGCAACAAUCUUUCCCUUCAACCACAGCGAUCACUACUGCCAAACAGGUUGACAUUAUUACUAAAAACGAAAAUGCGGCUGCUGCUACAGAUACCAAUAUCGAAACAAUAGAGCUACUAUCUGAUAACAAAAAUCCCUUUAAUGAUCAGCAGAAUUUGGGCCUCUCUCGAUUACAUACAAAUAUUUCAGCAGCAAGUGAAAACUCCACAAUGACCGCGCCAUAUUACACGCCCAAGAGGAGAGGGUCUUCCCAAACGGCAUCUUCCAGCUUGACAUUUGAUGACGAUCGACUUUCUUACGUUACUGAACUUUUGUACAUUCAUGAUAAAUUGAUGAUUGUCGAUGAUCGUAUAGUUUUGAUGGGUUCAGCUAAUAUCAACGAUAGAUCCCAGUUGGGCAACCGUGAUUCUGAAAUUGCCAUGAUUGUGGAAGAUACAGAGAUGAUAACAACUGUUAUGGAUGGGAAGGAGUACAAAGCUGCCAAAUUUGCGUACACUCUACGAAUGCAACUGUGGAGAGAACACUUGGGUUUAUUAGAUACAAAAAAGUGGUCAGACUUUUUGGAAUUAAAUGCUACUGUUGAUGAGCCGUUAUUACAUAAUGAGAAUACAACAGAUGACACAAUAUAUAAUAGCCAUAUUGUAGUAGAAGAUCCCUCAGCCAAUCAUAGAAGAACAGCAGCUGUAAACAUAGACGACAUCGCUGUAAUCGAGGCUGCAGAACCUGUUAAAAUGCUUGACCGAAAUAGUCGAAUACCCAGUUAUAAUGACACUUUCAAAAAGCAAAAAGAACACACAAAACCUUCACUAGAUGCUGUCGCGCUUGAUCCUGUAUCAGAUCGUACUUACUAUCAGACUUGGUUAAAUCGAGCGUCUUCAAACACAUUGAUUUAUCGUCGACUUUUUCAGUGUGUUCCCGACGAUACUGUUCAAACUUAUGAGCAGCACCGCAGAUUUAUGCUGGGGCCCAAUGAUACGAGGAUAAAAUACGGCCAUGUUGCUGACACAAAUUUAGCAGAAGAAGAGAUAUGUCAACAGCUUGCCAAAAUUGAGGGGCAUGUAGUUUUAUUUCCCAAGAAUUAUCUAAAAGAAGAAAAUCUGUUGGCAGGUACCAUUAUAGAUACAAUGACUCCAUUAGUAAUUUUUACAUAGCUGAAUCACAGGAUAUCAUGGUAGAAGAAUCAAAAAGACAUUAUAAUAUUCGCUUCUUUAUUUUAUAUUAUUGUACAGAUCUGUCGCUGUUAGGCCCUUCAGACUAAAACCAUGUAUAUCAUUUUUGCCUUCCAUUUUUUGUAAUUCCAUAGCAUUUUCCUUCAUUACACUUCGCGCUUUAUCUACCUUUUCAUCCAAUAAUUCUUGAUCUGAUCAAUGGUAGAAAGUUGUUUAAUCAAUGAUAUUGCUUUGCUUUCUUUAUAUUGUAUUUCAUUGAUUGGUACCUUUUUGAAUAAGAGUUCUUGUU